AUGCCUCCCAAGAAGAAGCUUCCGGAGGUGAAAGCCUCAGAAGGAACAAUCAGAGUUCCCGCAAUCAUCGAGCUCUCUAGCAGCGACAGCGCGGCUCAGUUCGGCAAGAUCACGGAGAAGCUUGAUUUGAUUCAAGCGGGUCAGAAAGAUCUCGCGACGCGCGUCAGAAAGAUAGAAGACUCCUUUCCCAUUCUCCAGUUCGCGCAGCAGCUUCUGUCAGGGCGUUUCGAGAAGAUCGAAAAGGCGCUUCCGGUCAUGCAGAAGAACCAGAGCGACCUCCUCGCGCAGGUGGAGAAGAUUGGAAAGACGCUUUCACCCAACGAUCCCAGCGAUCCCAGCGAUCUCGACAACGGAAACCUCUUCGAGCUCUUCAGAAGUGUGAGGGAUGUCAAAAGUCUCAUUAACCGAUAUGAUUCCAUUUUCAAAGAGAUGCUCCAUGCUGUCACCCGCAAUGAGAAGUAUUUCGGGGAGCGCGCAGAGCGGAUCGAGCAGACGCUUUCCAAGCGCGAACCUCGCCAGACUGACCUCUGUGGAGUCGUGGAGAGAAUCGAACGGGAUUUUGGGUACCACGAUUUCCAAAUCAAGAAAUUGCUUCACGUCAUCACGUGCAGACAGAAAGAUGCCUUACCGCGUGUAGAGCAAUUCCAAGAGACUCCUUCAAAGGCCCAAGAAGAGCCUGAGGAGACACCUUCGGCUGAAGAGGAGUACUAUAAAUAUAAUCUCUAUUACGAGGGGAAUGAGGAAGCUUACGUGUAUGAGGAGUAUCAUGAUGCUUGGUAUGGAAAUGAAGAGGAUUCUGAGGCCGAGGCCAAGAGAGAGGCUGAGAUGUUAGAGCUCUUCCAUGGUCCGCCUAAAACGCGUUCAGAUCGACUCAAGAUGGGUCGUUUAGAGCGGCUGAGGGAUGGAGUGCUGUGGGGUGGGUUCUCGGAAACGGAGUCUGAGAAGGAGCAAGAGACGUUUGAGCGACAGGAACGGAGGGACGUGAUGCGGGAAAUUAUUACGGAGAUCAAGAGCAGCAUGUCGAAGGCUUGUUGUGAGGUGUGCGAAAGCGCGUUCACGGAAGAAUGCUAUCUCAAGAAACACCAUGGCUGGUGUGGCUUGCAUCUGAAUGUCGCGCCAGCGUUUGACUUGAACGCACCAUGCGUUUAUGGGGACGAGGGAGCAUUCGAACCUUGGGACUGCGACAUUGUUCACUGCGACUGGACGCCAGCCGAAUGGUACAAGCAGAGGACAGAGUGGUACGAGGAGGAAUACAAGGAUCCGCUUUCCGAGCAGGCACUGAAGAAGAAUUUGACAUUGAUCCCCAGUCUCUUGUAG